AUGAAAAAUGCUACUGCCGGAAAGAAUUCUCCUGAUUUAGCAACCUUCUACGAUAUGCUGGAAACAAAAUUAAGAGUUUUGGAAAGUUUGGGACGUACGAAAGAGAAAUUUGCUGACUUUCUAGAGCCUCUUGUAGAGUCAUGCUUACCUGAAAAUGUUAUGCGAGCCUGGGAACGGAGUAGAAUUUCUGAAAAUACUGAUGACGUUGCCAGUCAGAGAUCCCUCGAAAAACUAAUGUGUUUUUUGAGACAUGAGGUUGAAUCUGAAGAAAUGAUCAGUUUAGCUCGUGAAGGGUUUGGUAGAGAUAAGGAAAGUGACGAGAAACGAAAAGAUUACCACAAAUCGAUUCAAACAGAUGAACCUAUUGCUACUACACUGAUCGCCAACAUAUCAGUAGGAAAAAACAAUUGUAUUUUCUGUGACUGUUCACAUCCAAGUCAAGACUGUCAGAAAAUAGAAGAAAUGAGUUAUGAGGACAGAAAAUCACGAGUUAUACAAAAGAGAUGCUGUUAUGUUUGCCUCAAAUCUGGUCACAUGGCAAAAAGAUGUCACAGUAAUGUAAGAUGCUUAGUUUGUAAACGGAGGCAUUACACAAUACUUUGCCCAGAUCUACGUAAAGGAAUUAAUUCUUCAUCUAAGGACAAAAUAGCAGGUGAUGAACAGAAAUCAACAAAAAUAUUGUAUACGAAUCGUUCUUCUGAACGUGAAAUAUAUCUCAAAACAAUUACGAUCAGACUACGAAAUAGAGACAAGGAAGUCUGUGUUCGUGCACUAAUGGAUGAUGGAUCACAGCGUUCCUAUAUUGAAAAGAGUUUGGCUGAAGAACUAAGACUUUCUCCCUCUGGAAGCGAAGUGUUUUCUCAAGGACUGUUUGGCGGGAAAGCUUCUCCUGCUUCAGAGCAUAAGAGAUAUAUGGUAACUGUUGAAAGUUUAAAUCGCAAAUAUACGACCUCAAUAUCUCUUCUUGAUCAAGCAAAGAUUUUCUCAGAGCUACCAAGGAUACAGGAUAGAAGUUUACUUGCUGAUCUAGCUUCGCGAGGAAUAAAAAUAACAGAUGUUGGAAAAGAUACUCCUCUUAUUAGAGUUCUUAUAGGAGCUGAUGUACUUGGAAGAAUCCUGACUGGGAAAAUAGAAGUGUUAACAUCGGGAGUUUCAGCCAUAGAAACCUUACUAGGUUGGACAAUCUUAGGUCUAGGAAGAAAAAAGAAAAAGGUUAACUUAGUCGCAUUAAGUUUGCAAAAUAUGGAGUUGCCAAAAGUAAAGGAUUUAGACGUUUUAGGCAUUGCAGAUCCCAUGGAAAGAAAAAAUAAGAUCCAACUAGAAGAGAAGCAAGAACAAUUCGAUGUAGACGUCGAAUUGUACCCGUGA